UAUGAAUGUAGUGUCGAACGUAGAGCCUCCAUAGGCGCACGCGGUUGUUUGAAUCAUUGAUCAAUUUAUCAUUGUGUGUGAACUUAAAAAAAUAGCUUUCAAAGUUUUCCGAAGUUGCUGCAAAAUAAAAAAGGCUAAAAGUGGCAUAAUGGACUAUUACUAUUCUAUGGCGAAAUGAAGCAGAUGACAGCAAUACUUAUUUUAGGGACGUUAAUCCUGCAGACAUAUGCUGCACCCCAGUUCAUAACUUUCAAAGAUGGAAAGUUAGGUGUGAACUUCAUGGGGUAUCACGCCGGCGUCGGCAUCGGUGGACUCGCAGGUGAUAGCGGGUCAGCGGGAAGACUUUUUGCUGAAGCCGGGACACCGACUGGUCAGCUAGCCAGAGCAGGCCUUGGAGGUCAAGUAGAUGACAGGGGAAGAGCAUCAGGUGGUCUGUUUGCUGGCGCCACUGCCGGUGGCAACGUCAGAGCAGCUGCUGGUCUUGCCGGUGGUGUUAAUGAGAACAACUCCCAAGGAGGUGGAUUUGCUGGAGCUCAAGCCGGACAUCAUAUUGCUACAUCAGGACUGGGUGGUGAAUCUGCAGCGGAAGGCGCAUCGGGCUUUAAAUAUUCAAAUGAUAAAGUUCUUCUUAAAGAAAAACACAACGUCAUCAAACCACUAGAAGCUACAGCCAAUUUCCAAGCGAAUGUUAAUUCUGGUGUGGAAAAUAAUGAGCAACCAGCUGUCCUUGUAAAAGAGGUCUACGUUGAACAUAAAAGACAUCACAAGAAGCCCCAUAAGACUUACGUGACGUACGUUGAUGAGAGUGAAGUCCCAGUUUCGAAGUCUCUGCAGAGUAUCGAAAAGAGGAUCGACGCUGGCGUAGAAGGUUCUGUCAACAUUGGUGCUAAAGCUGAUGCUGCAGCAGGAGCAAACGCCGGUCACGUCUAUACAAAAACAAUUGAAAGAAACCCAGACUUCUUUGAAAAUAUAUUCAAUAUACCAAUUUCUACUCUGGCGUCCGUAAGGAAUUUCUUAAGUAACACUGCAGAGAACACGAAUGUGUCAAUACAAAAAUCAGCAUCAGUGAACGCAGAAACAGAUUUGCCAUCAGCCAAAGAUCAUUCAUUCAUCAAAUCAUCACAAUCAUCGGGGCAUGUGUCGGUAGAGACUCCGUCUGCCUCUAAGUUUUUAGACGACAUUUUCGCUAUACCAAUUAACACUUUGGGUGCUGUUGGCCAAUUUCUAGACAAUAAUGUGCCUGCGAGGAAGACAGUUCAGACUGAUGGUGAAGUUAGGCUCAGGGGACCAGCCAGGAGACGAGCCGCCAAGAGGAUCAUCAUCACCAACCAGCAGCACACAGAGGGUGAUGAGCAAUAAACUCCCAGUUAAUGGCACUUAUCCAAUAUCCAGUUACUAGCGGACGAGCGAAGUCAGAUUGCUUCAUUGCGUUUUUACAUAUUAUAUUUAAGACGAGCCAAACUGAUGCAUUGCUUAAUCGGACGCGAUGUUAUGACGAUACCGUGGACGGAAAUUAGGGGGUGUAUUCCGAAAUAUAAACCAGUGUCCUGGUCAGUGAUCGAUGCCAUAUUGGUGAUUUGUUCCAAAAUAUUAUACUGGCCGGUGAAUUAACGUGUAUGAAA